AUGGAGGAAGACGGUGGUGACGUUGGCUUGUUCGAAGACGUCGUAUUCGCCAUAAUCCCAAACGACCUCAGCGAUGAUCAGAUCAAUGAUAUCCAGACGGCACUCGUCACCAGCGGUGGACAGCACAUCCCUCUUCGCGAGGCGGAUCAGCAGAUCGAUAACGAGGCCAUCCAAACUAUGACACACAUCAUCGCCACCAGCGUCGACUUCCCACAAUACGAGCGCGCGCUCGAACUUGGCAUUGCCAUCGUAAAGCCGUCAUGGGUCGCACAGAGUAUCAUGAAGAAGCGAGUGUCUGCCACGCGCCUGCACACUCCAGAUCCCGCCCAGUUCUUCCACGACGUGGUCGUCACCUUUGCCGGACUGCCCGAAGGCGACGUUGAGAACCUCGUCGCAGGUGUCAUUGCACUCGGCGGGCAGUACAGCCAGAACCUGACCAAGCUGGUGACGCACAUUGUCACGACAGACGAUACAUCCAAGAAAUGUCUCCUGGCUCUCGAGAAGAUGCCUCAAGUCAAGAUGGUGCUGCCACACUGGUUUGACGAUUGCUUCAAGCUAGGCAAAAUGAUCAGCGAGCGACCAUACAUGUUCCCGAACCCAGAAAUUCUGCGACCGACCCUGAAUGGAACCAGUGUGAAAGGUGCUCAGUCCUCAGAGCUCGAAGGUGCCACCACUGGCACUCCCAUUGGAGAGCCAAGCUCAAGUCCCCCGUCAAGUCCCACCCACUCGCGGAAGAAUCUCAAUGCUCUGGCUCUCCGAAAGAUAUACUUGUCAGAUGACCUACAAAUAUCUACUCAUCUCCGCGCCACCCUCAAGAAGCUGUGCACGUACGCUGGAGCUGUCAUUGUCAAGAGUAUCGAAGAAUCGGACCUUUUCAUCGGCCAGUACAGAGACGGUCGGGAAUACGAGGAGGCAUCACGACGCGAGGAGACGGUAGUGGCAAAUCUGGCUUGGUUGUUCCAUGUCAUCAACUACAACAAGUACGUUUCGCCUUUGCGAAAACUGUUCCACUACCCGAUCCCUCGCAAGCCCAUCUCUGGGUUCGAAAACAUGAAGAUCAGCAUCUCCAACUAUUCUGGAGAUGCUCGUGUGUAUGUGGAAAAUCUGAUCAGAUACUGUGGUGCUGAAUACACCAAGACGAUGAAACAAGACAACACUCACCUUGUUGCCGCCCACAUGCAUGGCGAAAAGUGCGAAGCCGCGCAGGAGUGGAACGUCAGCAUAGUCAAUCAUAUCUGGCUGGAAGAGAGCUACGCCAAAUGCGCGUACCAAACUGUUGCCAACCCAAAAUACACUCACUUUCCAACUCGUACCAAUCUUGGAGAAGUCGCCGGCCAGACCGCAUUGGACAUGAAGUGUGUUGAAAAGGUGUACUUUCCCAAGGUGAAGACUCCGCAUAAGCUGCAGAAGGCCUCUCCCCGCAAGACAGUACCAGCGUCGAGUACCACGCUUAUGCCUCACGGUUUGCCACGGUCUGCACUCGCAGACGAUACAGAGGGUGAUUUUCCCUCCCCAAUCGCGGAAGCAGACGAAAUGGAUACAGACGCUGCACCCACAACCGCCAAGAGACCUCGCGGAAGACCAUCAAAGUCGGCACUGGCAACACCGCGAUUCGCAGAUGACGAAAAGGAAAACAAGUCGCCAUCUGUGACCAGCACAGGCCGCGCAGCCAAGAACAAAGCUCUCAACAACAUCCACUCACAAGCACCGGACAUCUCACUCUUCCAAAAGGAGAUGAAACGAAAAGGCGGAGUUCUUCAUGGAGGCCGGCGGGCAAGCCUCGCGGACGAAGAUGCCCUUUCCUCUCCUGCACCAACUCGUCGCACGUCGAAAAAGCGUCCGAGCGAUGAGUACGAUGUCACUGCAGUCGGCAGCGCCCUUAGCGAUGGCGAAACUCAGGCAGAGCCCUCUGGCAAGCAAACGAAGAAGGCGAAGCUCGCUGCGACGCUGCCGCCGGUCAAGUACAAGAUGAUGGUCACUGGCGAUGAUCGCUGGCAAGGUGACACUCGGAAGGAGUCCGCGGAUAAGAACACUCUUCGCAGUAUUGGCGUUUUGUUGACUACCGAUCCAAAGGAAGUCGACAUACUCGUGGCCGCGAGACUACUUCGCACCAGGAAGUUUGUCUGUGCACUUGCGGGAGCUCCGCUGGUUGUGGAUACGACCUUUCUGGACGCAGCGCUCAAACGAAAGAAGCUCAUCGAGGACCCACCCAUGCUAAAGGAUCCCGACGGCGAAGAACGUAUGGGCUUCACGCUGGAAGACAGUCUGGAGCGCGCAAAGAUCAAUGAUCGAAAGUUGCUCAACGGAUGGUCAAUUUUCGUAACCAAGGACGUCAAAGGUGGUUUCGAAACUUACAAGGACAUCAUCACCCUCAACGGCGGUGCGGCGCAUCUAUACACCGGCCGUACUGGACUCGUCCUUCCGAAACGGAAGAUCGAUGGCAAUCUCGGCGCUGAGAGCCAAAACCAAGGCGGAGAGGCGGAGUAUGACUUUGUAUAUCUCGUGAGCGGGGRGAGCGAGCCAGAGAUCAAGCUAUGGAGCAAGUUCAGGGACAUGGCCCACAAGCAGGGAUUGGAGGCGAGGAUUGUAGGUACAGACUGGCUGGUACAUGCGGGUCUAAGCCAGCAGAUUGAAUGGAAGCCGAGCUGGGAGUUGUCUGAGGAUAAGGCACUCAGUCAAAGGAGCGGUUGA